AUGUAUAUCCCUCUGUCCCUGCCACCUCUCCGGUCGUUGGCGCCGUAUAAGCGUCAUGACUCGGGGAAGCCAGAUCAAAGCCAGCAGCAGAAUCAUGAACGCCACUUUCUACACGAGGAUGCUUCCAUGCAAAGCGCCGUCAAGCGCCGUCAGUUCUCUGAAGAUGGCACCAAGAAUGCGAAUAUACGGACAGGCCUCAUCGUAGGUCUUGUCCUCGCCGUUUUCCUCAUCGGUGUCUGCCUCUUCUGUUUCAUGUAUCGCUAUACGAUUCAAAACGGCACCGUAAAAAUCAUCAUCAUCAUCAUCAUCCUCAUCAUCGUGUCAGGAAGAACUCCAAAGGAAGCUCUCGAAGUUCUGGUAGCUCGAAAAGCUCCGAUGGAGGUGCUGCCGACGCACCACCUCCAGCAGAAGCGGCAGCUGCAGAUCCACCAGCUGCAGAUCCGCCACCAGAGGGCUGAAAACCGUCCC